CCUGGAGGGUUGAAGAGGAGAACCGCAAGUUUUCGGAGCCGAGAUAUUCAUCCGAGUCACUAUGGGCGUAUUUUUCCAAUUGACACGUCUGAAGGAAUCAAUGUUGGACUUGCUGGAUCCUUAGCAAUUCAUGCGAGAAUUGAUCACUUGAGGGGAUCCAUAGAGAGUCUGUUUUAUGAAAUAUCUGCUGAGAAAGCAAAAGAAAAAAAGAGACAGGUGGUUUAUCUAUCACCAAAUAGAGAUGAAUAUUAUAUGAUAGCAGCAGGAAAUUCUUUGUCCUUGAAUCAAGGUAUUCAGGAAGAACAGGUUGUUCCGGCUAGAUACCGUCAAGAAUUCUUGACUAUUGCAUGGGAACAGAUUCAUGUUAGAAGUAUUUUUCCUUUUCAAUAUUUUUCUAUUGGGGGUUCUCUCAUUCCUUUUAUUGAGCACAAUGAUGCGAAUCGGGCUUUAAUGAGUUCUAAUAUGCAGCGCCAAGUAGUUCCGCUUUCUCGGUCCGAGAAAUGCAUUGUUGGAACUGGAUUGGAACGCCAAAUAGCUCUAGAUUCGAGGGUUUCCAUUAUAGCUGAACGCGAGGGAAAGAUCAUUUCUACUGAUAGUCAUAAGAUACUUUUAUCAAGUAGUGGGAAGACUAUAAGUAUUCCUUUAGUUAACCACCGUCGCUCUAACAAAAAUACUUGUAUGCACCAAAAACCCCGGGUUCCACAGGGUAAAUCCAUUCAAAAAGGACAAAUUUUAGCAGAAGGAGCUGCUACAGUUGGGGUCGAACUUGAUUUAGGAAAAAACCUAUUAGUAGCUUAUAUGCCAUGGGAAGGUUACAAUUUUGAAGACGCGGUAAUAAUUAGUGAACGUUUGGUAUAUGAAGAUAUUUAUACCUCUUUUCACAUCCGGAAAUAUGAAAUUCAGAUGGAUACGACAAGCCAGGGCUCCGCUGAAAAAAUCACUAAAGAAAUACCACAUCUAGAAGAACAUUUACUCCACAAUUUGGACAAAAAUGGAGUUGUUAGGUUGGGAUCCUGGGUAGAAACUGGUGAUAUUUUAGUAGGUAAAUUAACGCCUCAGAUAGCGAGCGAAUCAUCUUAUAUCGCGGAAGCUGGAUUAUUACGGGCCAUAUUUGGCCUUGAGGUUUCCACUUCAAAAGAAAUUCUCUGAAAUUACCUAUAGGUGGAAGAGGGCGCGUUAUCGAUGUGAAAUGGAUCCAAAGGGACCCGCUCGACAUAAUGGUUCGUGUAUAUAUUUUACAGAAACCUGAAAUCAAAGUUGGGGAUAAAGUAGCCGGAAGACAUGGGAAUAAAGGGAUCAUUUCCAAAAUUUUGCCUAGGCAAGAUAUGCCCUAUUUGCAAGAUGGA